UCUAAACCGAGCAAGAGAUAAAAAUAUAUCCUGACAAGGCGAUGUUUUUAUGAGUAAUCGAUUUGAGUAAGAUGGUUUGUUAAAGAAUUUAUUAGAGUGAAGAAAUAAAAAACCAAUAGUUAUGUGAAACGACAAAAACAAAGUAAAGUUUUAAAUACAUGAAAAAAAAAUUGGACGGCGUUAUGCAAAACAAAAAAAAAAUGAGACUUCCACAUUUUAGAAUGAUACUUUUAGUAUUUUGCGUAUUUUGCGUAUUGAUAUCGUCGAUGAAUUGUUAUGUAGGUGUGCAGAGAUAUUUCAACGGUACCGAUAUCGAGUUUUACAAAAUAAAAAGUGAUGGAGCCUGCGAAAAAGAAUUUGCUGGGAGAAGUUGGUUUCGACCGACAAAUUCAAACUUGUGCGGUUACCCAUGCUUACCAAAUGGGAAUAGAGCUGCGUCUGUUUACAAGAACCGAUCACAGUCUACAGCCUGUCAAUACGAUUACGAGAUAAUGGACGAAGAAAAAUGCCUUGUCAACAUUGGUAAUAUCAGCAAAACUGAUGCAAUACAAACAGUGGAAACAUCUUCCUUCGGCACUGCAGAUCUUCACGAAAGCACUAAUAACUCGCUAACAAGGCUUUCUUUUUGUCGCUUGAGGGAAAGUGGCUGCUCAGUAAAAUAUCGAAAUAUCACAUCGCAAUGGCAGCCAUUUCGAAAUUCUAAUUGUUUUAAGUUUAAGGUUAAAGCUGAUGGCCAUAUUGCCGUUGCACAAGUUACGAUUGACUGCUUAGAAAAAGAAAAGCCAACACUUUCGGGUCAAAUGUUUCGAAUUGAGCUGACCUGUCGAAUCGAUGAGCAGAACCGGACCUUUAAUUCGUGUUUAUUGUUCAAGGUUUCGGGAACAUAUAUUGAAAAAUCUGGUACAUCUCAAAUAUCUACAGGAUGUAUGGUUCCUCCAGUGAUUCCAACAAAUCCAACAAGUCCAGUGACUAGAACGACCAGAACAACUGUUAUUAAAAAUGGUGAUAAUUAUGACGAUGAUGAAGUCUUCUUUGAACCUUUUGUUUGGGUUAUCAUUGCAUUGGUUUUCUUUCCAAUUCUACUGCUGGUUGCUAUUGUGAUAUAUGUCAAAUGUCAUGGGAAGUGCAGAUGCCGAAAGAAAAAGAAUUAUGAGAUUGGUAUAAAUAAUGAACAAAAUGCUCUUGAAUUAACAACUGAAGGGUUAUCACCAGCCUUCAAUGGACAAAAACCAAAACCAACAUACAAUAAAAAUGCAGAACAUGUUACCGUCAUCGACGAGGAAGGCUACCAAACAAUUGGUGGUUCUGAUGAAGAAAGUAGCUCUAUGAAAAAUUUGCCUGACGAUGCAUCACACGCAUUUGUAAAUCCAUUGUUUGAAAACGAUGAAAGUUUAAAGACAGAUAAACCAGCUGUGACCUAUGCACAAGUCGAAAAGCACAAAGUAGAAGAAAAUAAAGAAGACGGUAAAAAUCAUCCAGUACCCAAUGAAAUAUAUGAGGAAAUACCCGACGAUAAAAAUGAUGCCAAGGAGUAUUAUCAGAUACCAAAAACUCCCUCAAUUUCAGGUCAGUCGAAAGAAAUUUUAUUCAGCGAUGCAGACAAAAGUAAGGUGAAGGAAAAAAAAUUUGUUCAUAAAUUUGUGGACGAAGACCUUGUCGAUGAAGUAAUCAAAACUGAUGAAGAGGUCAUUAUUAAUUUACCUUCCGACGAUGAAAGCGAAGGUGACUACAACAACAACAAUGUUCAAAUAGUUGAUGUCGCCUCUGUUGACGAUAGAAGCAUCGACAUACUGGUAAAUUCUAGUGAUAGUGUUGACAAUGAAAAGAACGACAGCUUGUUUGAAACAACCACAAUUUUAGAUAAAAAUGCAUUUUGGAAAAGCAAAGCCUUGAAAAGGACCCCCUCUUUUGUAAUUGAUGAUAAUAAACAGACAAUUGAUGAUAAAAGUACCAUUGAAAAAGCUGACGAUAAUACCGAAGAUGCCCUCGAUUUGUUAAAUGAACCCAAGAGGAUUAAGUCUGCCGAUGGUACAUUUCGAAAAUUACCAAUUAAUAAUAUUAUGCAAGACGCUCCUAUUUACACGAAUUCAUCAAGUGUGAUAGCGGCAGAACCUUUGUCAAGGUAUAGUGAUAUUUACGAGAGAGAAACUUCAGAUGACAGUAAUUCAACAAUAAAGGCAACUAACGAGCCGCCAGCUUUUUUUGAUUCAAGCUCUGAUGCUAAUGACUUAUCAACACCAAAUGACGAUUCAGAUUCCGAAGGAAGUACGCACUACAAAUCGCCUGUUCCAUUUACACCGGAAGAGAAACUUAAUGAAAGCGACGAUAAAGAAACGCCACCACUUCCUGUGAAGAGAGGAAGUCUUGUCAGAAGUAUUGAUUCACACGAAGUAUAUGAUAAACCCAGAUGGCCGCCGCUUGCCGCAUUCUCCAGUGAUGCUAGUAAUAAUAAUUACAAUUAUAUACCGCAGAUAAAGGGCGACCGGAAAGAAAGUGUUACCAUCAAUUUUCGUCGACCUGUUCCGGAUGAAAUAAAUUUGAUAAGACUGUCAUAUUCUCAAUUCAACUACGGUAAUAGAAAUAAAAAAUCAGGAAACAGUUCUUGCAACGGUUUUUGUUUAUCCCUUGCUAAUGCAUUUCUUCAAAGAGGUAAAAUAAGCGUUUCAGAACUACUGACUCAAAUUCCUAUGAUACUGGCGUAUUCAGAACAGCUUUGGAAUGAUCUUACCAUCGGUAGUACUACAGUUGACGAAGCUUAUCCGCAUUUAAAAAAGGCCGGCAAGGACGAUUUUAUUUGCAAUCUAGGUGAAGAGAUAUUUUGGAGCAUUGAUCAAGGCUUGGGAGGGAAUUCUCCUUUCGAAGCACUGCAUGACCUAUUUGACAUGUGCGUGAACAAAAAACACAAAAGCUGCUUAAUACUGACAUUCUACCCCGACAAAUCGUGUGUUUGUUUGUUUGAAGAAAAUGGUACGCAAAUCUUUGUUGAUGGCCAUAUCCAUUUUAAAACAAACAAUCAAGAUCGCAAAGACGCCCUUCUCGACCCUGAAUGUGGUGGUGUUGUAGCCAUAGCCAAAAAGAGUAAAUGCGACGCCAUGUUAAAUUUUAUAUUGACCAAUAUGUGUUUGGAAAUGAAAGCCGAUCCUAAGAAUGGGACUGCAAUUCCAAUUCUUCUUGAAAGUCACUCAAAAGUUUCAGAUCACAGUUUUCAAUUCAUCUAAAAAUAAUACAUAUAUUUUUAGGACUAAUAAAUAUUUAUAUAUAUAUAUACAGUUGCGAUA